AUGAGGAAGUUGUUGUAUUUAGGUGGGAAACAAGAGGUGGAUGAAGAAGAAAUGAUAAGAGGAAGAGAACAACAGUUGUUUUUGUAUAGUACAAACAAUAACGAAGAGAUCUACUCCAAAGGAUUGGAGAUUUGGCCUCAACAAAAUGUGGAGAAUUACAUUUCCUUUGGAGUUAUGGGGCCUACUAGGAAGAACUUUGUCAUCAACGCCUCCGAUCAUGAGUUCGUUUCGAGAUUAGGGUUUCCUGUGAUGAGAGGAGGAGGAGGAGGGAUGAAUUGUCAAGAUUGUGGUAAUCAAGCUAAGAAAGAUUGUUCUCAUUUGAGGUGUAGGACUUGUUGUAAAAGUCGAGGGUUUCAUUGCCAAACCCAUGUCAAAAGUACCUGGGUUCCGGCUGCCAAGCGUCGGGAACGACAACAACAACGUCAUCAAAUUGUCCAACAUCACCAUCGACAACAAUUUCAAGCAGAUCAAUCAGAUCAGACCACUCCCAAGAGACAUGGAGAAAAUCAACCACCUCUUGUAACUCCUAUUGUCACUUCAGGGUUAGAAGUUGCACAUUUUCCAACUGAAUUCAAUUCCGUAGCUGUUUUUCGGUGUGUCAAAGUCAGUGCCAUUGACAAUGUUGAAGAACAAUUAGCAUAUCAAACAUCUAUCAACGUUGGUGGGCAUAUGUUCAAAGGCAUUCUUUAUGACCAUGGUCUCGAAACCAGUCAGAAUACGAGCACCGGCGGUGAGAGCUCGUACUGUCACGACGGAGAAGACGAUGGUCAAGCGCUCGAUCUGCUGAUUGGAGCAUCCAACGACGGUGGAAGAGUUAGCCAAUCAUCAUCUGCCCCAUUAUCUAUGGAGUCUUCACUAUAUCCCAUCUCAAUCAACACAUUCAACACCGGUACGCAAUUUUUUCCAUCCACAAGAGCAUAA